AUGAGUCACGGCAGCUCCUGGUCCUGCUUCUUCGCCCCCAUCGCCUCCCCUCUCUGCUCCCAAGAGGUCGCCCUCACCCUCUCCGCUAAUCAACUACCGCCAUGUGUCGCCCCAGCAGAGGGCUACAGGGCGGCAGCAGCGGCAGCGGAGAGGGUGGUGUGUGUGAACACGUCGGCCCUCAACGACCUCAAGUUCGAAGCCUCUGCUGCCGGGCUGUGGGGCGAGGCAUAUGCCAAGGACCCCGAUGUGGUGGAGCUGCGAGGGGAGGUGCAGCUGGAGGGGACCGAGCACAAAAAGUUACACUGGUGGCGGGCGCAGGCAGUGCGCUUCAUGCUGAGGUGGCCAUCAGCCCAUCUCUGCCACGUCAUCAACCAACAGAGACACACCGCCUACGGCAUGCACGUCGCCAAUCGCAUUGCGCGGCAAGUGGAGCUUCACUCACAGCUGCAGCAGCAGAGCGACAAGCAGGUGGAGAUGGGUGUGUGGUCGUUCGCCGCCCACAUGCUGUUUGCCGCCCGCCUGCAGCGCACCCUCGUGGACCUCAAGCACGUGUGGCUCUCCACUGAAAUGCAGGCGAUCGACUCAAGAGUGGCAGUGAUCAACGAGGCGGCCACGCCGCUCUAUGCGGGGUGGACCUUCCUCUACGCGGCCAACGGGCGCCUGCCAGAGGGCGCGCUGGACCCGCACGCGUACGACGCGCUGCAGUCGCCCGCUGCCAGCCUGGCGAGCUUGCUCAUUGCAGCGCAGUGCGAUGUGUUCAUCGGGUCGCUGGGGUCCAACUGGAGUCGCCUCAUCAAUGAGCUCAGAGCGACCAAUGGGCGGCUGUAUAACGGGUUUGUGGCCAUGAACCUGGGCGAGUGGUAA